GCACAGCGCUCCACGUUGGUGAAGUGCGCACUGGAAUACACGUGGUUUGUGUGAGACUCGCCGCUCGAGUUCAUCAUCAUCCAGCUUAGUUGUGCUUAACUCAGUAUGUCAGUGUUUCAUGACGAGGUGGAGAUUGAAGACUUUGAAUACGAUGAAGAAACAGAGACAUAUUACUACCCCUGUCCAUGUGGUGAUAGAUUUGUUAUUUCUAAAGAAGACCUAGAAAAUGGUGAAGAAGUUGCCACAUGUCCUAGCUGUUCCUUGAUAGUACGAGUUAUCUAUGAUAAGGAAGAGUUUAUGUCUGGAGAAAUAAUAGAAUCACCUUCUGCAAACAAAGUAGAACUGGUACAGAGCUGAUUACAGCAUAGUCCUCUGCUCUCCUCGCUGAUGAAGGGAGACUGGUUGGAACUGGGAGGACUAUCGCACUGCAGGCCAAUGGAAUUGCUUGGAUGUGACUGGCUGCAUUGUGGUAUUAAAUGCUGAUUCAGAUUUUAUCAGCGUUGUAGAGAAAUGACUCUGGACUCGAGACAGAAGUUUUGACCAUAUCUGACCAUCCACGACAGAAUGAACAUAACAUGGAGAAGAUGCCUCAUGGGUUCAGCUGUGCAAUCCAGUUAAAAAUUAUUAUGUUUAACAAUUUUUGUAUUGUCUCAGAAAAUGCUACCAAUUACAAAUACAUGAAAUCCCGGUCAUGUGUUCUGCAUAUCCCUGUAUGCCGGUUUCACAGUGUGCAAUACUGUUGAUCAGACAGACCUUUUAGAGGGAUGGUAAAAGGGGUUCAGUUGGUGGGUGCAUCUGUAUCCCAAGAUGUGGCGCAAAUUACUGGUACUGAUUUUUCAAAAGUGAAUUGGGCACUUUGCAGAACAGACUUCCACCUCCAGAAUUAUUGAAGGAAGUCACUGAGACAUGGUCAUGUACCCCCACGGAACGAUUUAAACACCAUGCAGACUUAUUGGGCCAUAUUUUCAAAGUGCUUCUUUAAUUAACUCCUAUUUUUUGAAAGCAGAAUAAAACACGUUAACAAGGAUGGAAGUAAAGCCCCUUUCACACUGGCAUGCUCUACCCAGGUUGGACCUUACCCGGGUCACGUCCCUCUGUCAUGUGGGUCGGUUAAGCAUUUUCACACUGCUUUUUGAAGAAACAGAGUCAACCUAGGGUGACAGAAGCAAGUACACAAUGCCCCGGAAGCAGCAACGUUCACAUGACCACACUGGCAUUCUGUGAAAAUCAGCUUAAGCCAACCUUCGCAAAUUGUUUGGAAGACGUGCUUGUUACAGACGCUUUCAUCCAAGCUUCUCUGGAUUGAAUUGUCGGCCCAAAGAGUAAAUGUUUCUUAUUCACUCCACGCCAUCCCUGCAGCAAUCUGGCUCAUGGUGUGUCUCAAUCAGCAUACUGUGAAUAAACAGAAAUGGCUCUCAAAGUCCUUGCGGACGUGAAACCUUCACGCAGGCGUCGCUGUUUGUUACUUCCACCGAUUACAUGUGGUCGUCAUGCAUUUUGUCACACUUGACCCGGGUAAAAGCAUGUAGAACUACAUUCUGAGGUGGGUUGCUGCCGACCCAGGUUAAGCCAGGGUCAACCCGGGUACGUGGCUUCAUUGCAUAGCAGUUUGAUCCAUUCCUGGUUUUACUACACACCUGAUCUUGUUACCUAUAGACUGGGGCUAAUCAAGCACAUAUCAAAACCUGGAAUGUGUGAAACUGCUAUGCAAUAGGUGUCUUAUUUCCAUCCCUGUGUUAAUGUUACAAAAUGAAAAAGAAAACACCUUCAGGGUGCUAAAGAGAACUUGAAAUAUAUAACUUAGUUGUUUGGUUCUAGUUCUGUCAAUAUAGUUAAAGACUGGAGUAAAUCAUUAAAAAAUGUGGCCCAUCAUAUAUUAGCAUUUAGAUUUUUGUUGUAAAAGGUUUUACCCUGUAAUGAAUGCUGUCCUCCCUGCCCAGGGGUCCUUGUACACCCUUUUGACGUGUGUCUGUUGUUUGUCCAUCCCCUGUAGGCUACAGACUGUUCCCGCCCAUGUGAAAGCAGCAAUAUCAUGAUGCUAAUCAUGUCAUAAGACAAACAUGAGAAGGAAUUGUGAAAUACUUUCUAUAUUAACUAGAAAAGUGAAUUACUGCAUCAUUUAAAAAGGUUAUUAACUCCUAAAAACAGAAUGUGGAGUUUGUGUUUGAUAUACACCAGAAUAGAUUGCUAAAAAAAAAAAAAACCCUGUGACUCAGAUGAAGUCAAUACCCUUCCUCAGUUAAUAAAUUCCUGGAAAUCUGUUCUUCAUUGAAUUAGGGAAUUUAAUGUAUAACGUGUUAGGCGUCAGACAGAUUUAAUUUAUUUUAAGCAAAAAAGAAUGUUUUAAUCAUUAGACUAACCACCAUAUUAAAUCUAGAAUUCUAUUGCCGUUACGAUAUAUCGACAGAAGUAGUUAGUUGUUGGUAGAUCUGCAGUUUGCACAUUGUUCAUGUCAAACAAUCCCUGGGUUACCGUCACUUAUUUUGAUGGUUUAGUAAGAAUAGCAAAGGGAAUAGGUCUAUAACAAGGGGACUGCAAACAAGUGACAUACAAAAAUGAAAUAUUUUGCAAUGUUUUGCCAUUAAUGGUCAAAUUUCUCCAAACUUUUACCAUACACUCCUAGCUACCUAGAUAUGUUUUGGCUGUAAUCUGAUAAACUGGAGAUUUGAUACUAAUUUUAUGCGAUUAUGAGGACCCUCUCUAAAUUGGUGCUUAUUAUCUUGUAUCGAUUUUUUUAAUGCCAACUUUGAAGAACUUAAGCCUUCACUUGUUUAGCAUUAUGAAAUGUGAUCAAUAUUAAAGUGCUGGGAUAAAGAUUGAAUAGGCAAAAAUAUUCAAAGAUUUGCACACAUACUCCUUGUUUCUGUUCAUAUAACAGAAUUUUUUAAUCGCUGUAAAUGACGUCUAAAAUAAGUAUUAACAUUCAUCUUCAGAACAACGUUUCUCACUUCAUUAAUAGGAAAUUUGAUGGAAUACCAGCUUUUUUUAUUUUGUAUUUAUUGUGAUAUGGUACAGAUUAUACUUUUUCCAGCAAAUUCAAAAUUAAAGAAUUUUCAAACAU